CCUGCGUACUAUCCCACCGACAUGGCGCUGGCGAAGUCCGUCUACAAUCUUCUCUUCAGGAGAACGUCUACCUUCGCUAUAACCAUCAUGGUUGGAGCGGUCUUCUUUGAACGACUAUUCGACCAAGGUGGCGAUGCCAUUUUUGAGCAGAUGAAUCGCGGGAAACUGUGGAAACACAUCCAACACAACUACCAGGACAAAGACGAGGAAUAGGACGGGGUCCCGGGGUUAUCUAAGGCUGAAGUGCAACUGUUGUCACACUUCCUUUAUCCAUUCUCCCUGGUCUCCACACCUGAAACAAGCAUCAGUCACCAUGGACAAUGUGCUCAAAGUCAUGCCCAGGCUGGCAGCGGCUCCCAGAGGACCUGUGGGAACGGAUUGACUGUCCAGACCACCAUGAAGAUGGAGCAAUGGUUCCUUGCCCCCUCCCCACCUGUUGUUAUUUGUUAUGCCUUCAUUGUCCUAAAAGAUUGUAAAUGGUUAAAUUAAACAUGUAUUAAUGUCUUACAGA